AUCACCACCAACAAGUUUAAUAAGCCUUUCCUGAACAGCUCUGCAAUAAUCCUAUUCUGGUCAGCCCCCAAUAACACGGGCGGUCGGACUGACGUGUACUACUUGAUAGAGUGCUUCAAAUGUGACAGCGAUGGCUCCGUCUGUGUGGAGGCCUGUGGAGGCACAGUUGCACAGCACGGGACGUCGGCGCGGGUCAGCGGUCUGUCUGCCUUCACGUACUAUAUGUUCAGAGUGUAUGCGCGUAACGGAGUCAGUGAUCAAGCCGAGAUGGGAGGUCAAGAGGCCGAGUUUGCCAAGCUGGUCAUACAAACAAUUGACGCGGUCCCUGGCAAGCCUGAAAUCACCGCGGUAGAGAAAGUGGACUCGACCCAUGUCAGGGUCAGUUGGAAGCUUUUGAAGCACAAUGACAUCAUAACAUCUUACGAGCUCAAGUACCACGUGACUGGAAAGCCGGCCAAUGAAAAGUCAGUGACGAUAAACGCUACAAGAGCGACGGUGGAUAUAGACCGCGAUAAAGACUACCAGUUCAGGGUGCGCGGUCGGACAAGGCUGGGAUAUGGACCCUUCAGUGACGCCGUGGGCUUACAAGCUGCCCAGACCAGUAGCUCCAGCAGUAGUCCGCUUGUGAUCGCCACAUCAGUCCUGGGGGCGGUGCUAGUCCUGGUUAUCCUACUGGUGGCAGCGGUGUGUAUGUAUCGAGUCAGGAGGGACAGACGCGCUCCUCGGGAAAUCAAUGCCACUGUACAGUUUACCGCGAGACCUGAAUGUCAAGAAGAAUACGAAGACAUGGGAGAAACGAACACCGGACUUGAUGCUAUCUCCUCGUGCGUCGGGGAAGACGAAGCUUUGGAGGUCCCGCCCCAAAACCUGUCAGUUAUCAAGCGACUGGGCAGCGGUAACUUUGGUCACGUGGACAAAGCGAUGGCUUAUGGGAUCCCGGGGUUUCCAGGCCAGGUUACGGUUGCCGUUAAAACUCUUAAAGCUACUGCUGAAGAGAAGGACAAGACAGACUUCCUGGCGGAGCUGAACUUGAUGAAAUCUCUCAGGCCUCACCCACACGUUGUACGUCUGAUUGGCUGCUGCACCCGACAAGCAGAUCACUUGGCGAUCAUUCUUGAAUACCUGCCGUAUGGAGACUUGUUGGGCUACCUGCGGCGGUCACGCGGUCAUGAGGACUGGUAUUGCUCGGGUGAUCUCCGCCCCCCGUCGCGGCUCGUCUCGAAGGACCUGGUCAAGUUCGCGUGGAUGAUAGCAGACGGCAUGGCCUUUCUUGCUGCAAACAAGUGUGUCCACCGCGAUCUCGCCGCUCGUAACGUACUCGUAGGGGAGGAAAACACGUGUAAGAUCUCGGACCUCGGGCUCGCGAGAGACGUCAGCCAAGAUAUUUACACGCGGACGUCUUCGGCGCCGCUUCCCGUCAAAUGGAUGCCGCCCGAGUCGCUGUUGUACGGACAAUCGAGCAGCGCUAGCGAUGUAUGGUCUUAUGGCAUAGUCCUGUGGGAGAUUUUCACAAUUGGCGACUCUCCCUACCCUGGAGUAGGGAAUAACUACAUUCCGCGCAUGCUUCGUGAAGGAUACCGCAUGCCAAAACCACUGCACGUCGGGGACGCCUUGUACUGUGUAAUGCUCCGCUGUUGGCAGGAAGACCCCGAUGAGCGGCCCACAUUUGACGAGCUUCGUGAUAACAUGCAGGCGUUACAGCGAGACAAGAAGGACUACAUCAACCUUGACUUGUAUAACGACGAGCUGUAUGCCAACUUUGACGCAGCGUGAUAUGCGCAUGCCCCUUUAUACCGCUGACCUAGAUACUGCUGAUCCAGAAUACAACGUAUAGUAGAUAAUGGGCCUAUUUCUAGUUCCACUAUGACCGCUGGACUUACAGACUAAGGACGCAUAAAUACAGUGUUAGCCUCGACUCCAUGCACAUACCAGCGAGAAUCCUCUGGAACUUGGAAUAAAACAAAGCAAAAACCUGUUAAUACUUCAUGAUCUCGCUGGUAUUUGCAAUCGAUUCAAUUGAAACCGAGGCUUGCACUGUAUUUAUGCGUCCUCUGUGCCUAUGACCAGCAGGCACAGUGGAACUCGAAACUGGACUAUUUGGUGAUGACUGACAAAUUCAGCAAUUGAAAAGUUGA